CGUUCUAAAAAAAAUUUGUAUAUUUAUGGAAAGUAUUAGAAACAAAAUUAUAAAUUAGGUCCUCUAAACUAAAAAUCUUUUCAGUCUCGUCCCUUUUAAGUUGAUCUUUGUCCUCCACCAGAGAAGUCCACCUCAGGCCACCUAUAUUCCCGUCGAGUCCUCCAUAUUUUUCAAGCUUUAAAGCUCUCUAAAAAUUCCCUUAAAAAUCGGGUCUUUUUCCCUUAUCACCCAUUUUUCCAAAAAUCUUCUUUUCUCUUCUGCUUGAACCACAAAGAAGCCAAAUUCAAUCAUCAACUCCCUAUUGUCCACCUCUCUCUCUCUCUAUGCAUUUCUAGGAAGAUCUCUUUUCUGGGUUUUGCUCUUCAUUUUGCUUUUUGUCUCUAAUUCUGUUUAAUAAGCUUUUCCUUUUCUGGGUUUCUUUUCUUUGUUUCAAUAAUCCAUUUAUUUUAAUGAGCCCACUUGAAAAGGUAAAAGCUCCAUUUUUAUAGUUAAAUUUUUCUUCUCUUUGUUAGGUUAGAUUUUUAAGCUUUGUUGCCAUUUUCAAAUGUAUAAUUCUCUUUUCUGUGAUAAUUUUGUUUGUAAGUCUUCUUUUGUUAAAUAAUUGAAAAUCCAAUUUGAGGCUAAUUCAAUUUAGAGCUCUUUAAGCUUCAAAAAAUUGACCAUUUCACAUGUUUCCAAGACUUUGGGCUUUUCUUAUUUGACAAAAGGCUUUCUAUUUUUGUUUCCAUUGCUCUCUUUACCUUCCUCUCUUGAUCUAUCACAAGAGACCACAAACAGAAAACCUAGAUAUGUACAAAACACAUACCAAAAGAGAAGUUUCUUUAGAAUUCCAAUCUCACUUUCCAAUCUUGAGGCCAAGCAUCCAUUCAAGGAGGGCAAAUAUUACUGUCAAAUUCCAAGACCUUUAUGGGUUCACUGUAGAAGGCAAUGUGGAUGAUGUUAAUAUAUUGAAUGAGGUUAGAGAGAAGGUGAGACAACAAGGGAGAGUUUGGUGGGCAUUAGAGGCUAGCAAAGGUGCUAAUUGGUAUUUGCAGCCACAAAUUACUUCCAUAGCUGAAGGAAUUGCCUUAAAAUCUUCCCUUAAAUUGUCCACUUUAGCUAAUGCAAUCACGUUGAAGAGGCUUAUAAGGAAGGGUAUACCUCCUGUGCUCAGGCCUAAAGUUUGGUUUUCUCUAUCUGGAGCUGCAAAAAAGAAAUCUACGGUUCCUGAGAGUUAUUACAAUGAUUUGACCAAGGCUGUUGAAGGGAAGGUUACACCAGCUACAAGACAGAUUGAUCAUGAUCUUCCACGAACCUUUCCUGGUCACCCCUGGUUGGACACACCGGAGGGUCAUGCAGCCCUCCGACGUGUCCUUGUUGGAUAUUCUUUCCGUGAUUCUGAUGUUGGCUACUGUCAGGGGUUAAAUUAUGUUGCGGCAUUGCUGUUACUUGUGAUGAAAACAGAGGAAGAUGCCUUUUGGAUGCUUGCUGUUCUCCUGGAAAAUGUCUUAGUUAAUGACUGCUAUACAAAUAACUUAUCAGGAUGCCAUGUUGAACAAAGGGUUUUCAAGGAUUUGCUUGCCAAACAGUGUCCGAGGAUAGCUGCUCAUUUGGAAGAAUUAGAGUUUGAUGUGUCCCUUGUUGCCACUGAGUGGUUUCUAUGCCUAUUCUCAAAGAGCUUGCCUUCAGAGACAACUCUGCGGGUAUGGGAUGUGCUUUUCUUUGAGGGGGCAAAGGUUCUAUUCCAUGUAGCUUUGGCUAUAUUUAAGAUGAAGGAGGAAGAGCUGCUGCUAACUCAUCAUGUUGGUGAUGUAAUCAACAUAUUACAUAAAACAAGCCAUCACCUCUUUGAUCCAGACGAAUUAUUGACGGUGGCAUUUGAUAAGAUAGGAUCAAUGACAACCAACAACAUAUCAAAACAAAGGAAAAAGCAAGAACCAGCAGUAAUGGCAGAACUUGAUCAAAGAUUGAGAAGACUAAACACACUCAAAAUGGAUGAGAAAUAGCACUUAGAAUAGUAACAAGAAUAACAAUUUUAUCAAUGUUGUUAAAUAUAAGACAACCAAGCAGGAGGCUUUCCUGUUGCCCCUUCUGGAGUAUGAGUGUUUAAUUUAUGUCUUUCUAUCUGUGGAAAGGGAACCCAAUGAAGAGUGUCUGUUGAUGUAGUAGGUUGGAUUAAAUGUAAAUUUUGGGGUUGUUCAAAAUUAUGGAAUUAAAUUAAAAAUUGCAAGUCAGGGCACUUCUGGCUUUUCACUGCCCUGCAGAUGCUUUUUGGGAUCUUUUAAUGGGACUUGUUUUUCUUAAUUAAA